AUGUCCCACCCUCAGCCGCCCCAGCGUCAACCCACCGUCACCGAAACCGAGCAAUACGUCAAAGUCCUGCACAACACCGCUCUGGUCGCGCUCGUUGCAGGCCCAGUCUUGAUCCUCCUCCCGCCGCGCAAAUUCGACUUCUACACGUUCGGCUUGUGCGGCGUGACACUUUACUCUGCCAACUAUCUCGUGCGCGAGAGGAGUGGGAGAAGCAUUUGGCAGCACGUCAGUCAGCGGCAGCGACGUGAGGAGCCGUUGAGGGUGGCGAGUGGACCUUCUGCUGAGCUGGCGAGGUUGGAUCAAAGUGUGCAGAAUCAACGGGAGGUGUGGAAGGUGCAGCGCGAGAGGGAGAUUAAAGAGGAUGUUGAGGAAGGGAAAGGAUUUGGAGAUAUGAUUAUGGACCAGAUCUGGGAGGUGUGGAAUUGGGGAAAGAAGAAGGACGAUGAUGACGAUUGA